AUGGAGUCCGGCAACGCGGCGUUGGGCACUGACAACAUUGAAAGAGACAGCGCCUGUCAGACACCAAAGCAAUCCACGAGUUUGGCGGUGACUUUUGCAGGCCUACUACUGGUGGCCACACGUGCGCAACGGCUGCGUUCGGAGGGCGCCCUCCGGAACCAUGAGUCCACAACCACUACCGACUCAACGGCCAGUGCGUCCGAACCGGGAAAGUGCUUGAAAGCGAAUCAGGAGUGGAAAGAACGCGCGUCUGUCUGUCCCACGAGUUGUCACAAUAGAAAGACAGUUGAAUUUUCGAUGUGCAUUGACUGUAAAGAUGAAAGCUGUGUCGGGGGCUGCGAGUGUUUGCCCAAGCAUUACGUGCUCACCGGCGACAACACCACUAACAGCGACUGUGUGCCCGAAAGUGAAUGUCCCAAAUCUGGCCAAUCUGUGCCAACACCGACAGAAGCGACAGAUAAGCUGUUACAAGUGGCCGAUACGGCGACAGACACGGCAUCCGAACCGGGAAAGUGUCCGAAAACCAAUCAGGUGUGGAAAGAAGAUUCGGACAAAUGUCUAAGUAAUUGCUCCAAUUGGCGCACCGGAGACAUCAACUGUAUGUCAUACCCGGGGCCGGGAUGCGAGUGCGCGCCCGACCAUUACGUUCACGACAUCACUGCCGAGUGUGUCCUUUUAAAAGAUUGUCCUGCUAAAAAGACAAAAACAACAACAACGGAACCUACAGAUAAGCUGUUACAAGUAGCCGAUACAGCACCAAAUACAGCAACAACAACAACAACAUCGAAAACAUCAGCAAAAAAAUCAAAAACAAAAACAACAACAAUAACAACAACAACAACACCGCAAACCACAACCACUGCCGACUCCACGGCCAACGCGACCGAACCGGUAAAGUGUGCGAAAGCCAAUCAGGUGUGGAACGAAGAGGCGUCCAUUCAUUGUCCCAUCAGUUGCUCCAAUAGGCGUACGUUCGGUCCCAUCAACUGCAUGGAGACCCCGGGCCCGGCGUGUGAGUGCGCGCGUGACUUCUUCAUACACGACGACACCAAAGAGUGUGUUCCCGAAAGUGAUUGUCCAAAGAAAUCUGGCUGA